GUCAGUUAUACACAUAAAUCGUAACUAUCAUCUGAUUAUAUUCAAUAUUCGAUACUUCAUUUAAUUUCCUAAUCGUGUAUAUACAAUUCAUAACUCACUUUAUCACAUAUCAACUGGCGCUCAAUUGUUUAUAAAAUUAAAGUUAUAACUUAUAAAAUAAUAUAACAUAUUCUUCUCAUAGAGCCUUCAAAUAUGAACACUUGGUUAUACCUAAUGCUGAUAUAUUCAAUAUCAAUAACAUGUAAGUGGCAUCUUUUAAUUACGAAAAUUAUAAUUAUUUUCUUGUUCAACAAAAUAAAGAAACUCAUAUAGUAAGAAUAAGUGACCCACCAAAAUAAAAUAAAAUAAAUUAACAACAAUAUAAUUUUUUAUAUUUUAACUAAAUUGGGAUCCUGUAUUCAGAGUUGUAUUUUAUUAUUUUCUUAAAGAUGUCACAUAAUUAAUAUAUCAAAAAUAUAAUUUCAACAAUUCGUUUAUAAUAAUUUAAGAAUAAUUUGUUCAGAAUAUUCUAUAAAUAUUUAAAAUAUGAAGGUAUAUUAACAAUAAAGUACUUAAAAUAUGUAUUUAAUAAUAUCAUUUCUUCAUUGAAAAAUUGAUAUUUAUAUAAUAUUGCCAUACGGAUAUGCUAUAAUAGUUUAUUCCUGAAAAAAAUAAACCGUGCAUAAACGAUAUAAUAUAGGUUACUGGUUAGUAAUCACUGAUUUUGGUCAUUAACAUGUACGUGGGUCUCCAAAAACAUCAACGAUUAGAAAUUAUUAUACUUGAUUCUUUUAAUCUAAAAGAUAGCAAUUUUCCGAAGUUUGAACAUCACUAUACUGUUCAAUAUACGUAUUAACGAAAGCCAUACUUCCUGAAUAACUUCUGUCAGUUUUAAGUAUCAAGUAGGUACUUAUUUUUUGGCCAAUCGACCGUUUUGGGCCAUCUCAAAUAAAACGGGUUUUCUCAUUUAUUGACUAUAAAGGUUUAAACCCAUGAGAAAUAACCGCAAAAAUUAAUUAUAUCUUUAGAGCUUAACCAAAUAAUUACGUCUAGUUAAAAAUACUUUAAAGAAAAAGUUCUUAAGAAAAAAUAUAAAUAUUCGGCAUGUAUUUUUAUAAUUUUUGAAUUAGACAAAUUAUUUAAUUCAAGUAGGAAUGCAAAACUAAUUUUGUAAUUUAAACAUAUAAUUCAUUGUUCUUGUAUUAACUAAUUAACUAUUCUACAUAGAUUAUGAUUAGUUUUAAACAGAUAUCUAAUAGAAAGGUGAUAUUUUAAUAUAAUAAUAACAGGAAUUGUUGUGGAAACGUUCGUAGCGUCCAAACCAUAUAUAGCGUGCAGAAGUUGAAAUGAAGUUAAGUUUUAAAUGAUUCCAGGGGUACUAACUAUUGUAAAAUUUAAAGUUAACUGGUUCAAAUAUGUUUGGUUUUUACGAAGAUAACCAAAUAACUACCUUUACGCUAAUUAAUUAAAUUAUUUCAACUAAUCUUAAAUAAAAUACAUGUAUUUUCAGAGUCUUCUAAAUAUUUAGUGAUGUGGCAUAAAUCCGAACAAUCUGAUAGUCCAAAAAAUCCAGGUUUUGGACUCGCGAAUUUAAGAAUUUUGAGUUGCAAAUUGCAAAAAAAAUAGUAAUGAGUAUUUUUAGAGUUAUAUGAAAAAUAUCUAAAAGAAUCCAAAAUAAAUUUUAUUAAAUCCAACAUACCGACUAUAAAAAAAUCAUCAUAUUCCGGAUUUUGAGAUUCUAGAUUAUCGAACUGUAUCAAAUCCCUAAUUUUCUGAUCCAAAAUAAUAGUACAAGAACUCCCUUUUAUACCUCCCAUCGUAUUAUACCCCAUGUGGUUGAAGCUGUUAAAAUAAACAGAUCAAUAAAAUUGUAAAAAAAGUGUAACUAUGCAAUUUUCUUAAAUUUUUAUCUUGAAUUUUAAUUAUAUUAUUCGUAAACAUUUUGUAUUAUAAACAUAGUAUUAAAAAUUGUAUUUAUGAUUUCGAUACUGAUCCCAGCGAGAUAUUACUGGUAAAUUAGUAUAACUAUAAUAUAUUUCAUCUGUUAUACGUACAGAAUUUUCUUUAGCUCAUUGGAAAUUACUUCAUGUGGUUACUAAAUAAUGGCAGUUAAUGCUCUAAUUUUGAAAAUAUUAUAAUUACAUAAUAUUUUAAAAUAUUGAACAUCUUUUAAACAAAUAAUCGGUAGUAUUUUUAGGUCGGUAAAUUUAGUAUAUAGAUACUAUCGAUAUAUUCGAUUAUAUUGAUAACACGGCUAUUAUAAGAACAUUUUUCUUUUGUCGAUUACCAUUAUCUCACCAUCGUUCUACUGUUAAUACUAUUUUAAAUAUCAACAUUAUACUAUUAUAACAUUUCUGUGUCGGCUAUCCUUUAUGAGUCGAAUAACUGGAAUUUAAAUAUCUAUAAACCUUCACGGUACAAUGUAGAACCAAUUUUGGAAAAGUUCCUGUAAAAUCGGUACAGUGAUUUUUCAAUCUAUAAAGGACAUACAGACGGACAGAUAUUCACUUUUAUUAAAUUUCACCAUCGCGAUAUUAUUCUAACGAAAUAUCUAAAUUUCUCACUAGAAAGUAUUUUGCCCACCCAUCUCCGUUAGUAAACAAUAAAAUGAGAAUUGAUACCGAAUUAAUUCAUCGAUAAUAAUGAUAAUUUGAUUAUUUUAAAAUUAAAUGACUAUGGAGUAUUACGAAUAAAUAUAUCUUGCAAGCCUGGUUAGAAGAAGUGAUUUUUUUGUUUAUGUACUUUUUUAAUGGAAUUUGAAUGUUUAAAUAAUUUUAUAAUCGAUUUAAAAAUGUUUUUGAUUCAAUCAUUUCAGAUACAAAUCUUCUAGACAUUGAAAAAAUACCACCAUAUUUUUCUACAGAACAUGAGCUCCCGUCUGAAUUUUACAGCGCACAGGAAACAGACUUAAAAGAUGAUAAAACAAAUAUACCAAAACAUUUUUUUGAAAAUGAAAAAUAUAUAUUGCAGCGUUUACCUGACUUAGCUAAAGAUAUAGCCUAUGCCGUUACCUCAGACAUAGCUACAAACGUAACUCCAACCUGGGGAGAAUUGAAUAAUUAUAUUACCAAUCUGAAAAAAGUAAACACAUAUCUUUAGUCAUGCAAUCAAUAAUAUUGUAAAUAAUUUAACAAUUUAACAAUUUAUUACACAGCAAAUACCGAACGUGAAUGGUAAUAUUUUAUUUAGUACAUUAAAAUUAUGAUUAGUCUUUAUAACUAUCAAUUUUAUAAAGUUAGUUGUAUAUUUUACCGAUAAAUAUUCAAUAAGAACACAAAUGAUUAUGACAGGGAAAACCGUGUACUAAUCGAACAAUUUUGGUAGUUAAUUAAAUAUACUAUGCAAACUGUUAAAAAUUAAUGGAAUUGAGUGGCCAAACAUAAAAUGAAAAUGGAAAUAAUGCAGGUUAUUGUACACUGACUCUGUGUUUACCACGGAAUAAGAUAGUUAAAUGUAACACGGACUAGUACUGAUGUUUUAAGAGCCGAUGGCAUAAAUAUCGAAAUAUCGACUCGCGCGUGGGAAAAACAUGCGGGGAUUUCGAUUUCUGGACCACCGCUGGAAUCGGAAUGAAGUCAGUUCGAAGUUAAAUCAAUCUAUAAUAAAGUAUAAACUAUACCUAAAAACAAUUGACACAUAAUUAUAUCCAGUAGCCAUUAGACAACCAGUAGGUUGCAAUAUAAUAUAGUUUAUUUUUCUUUAUUAUCUAUUGUUACUUAUUUUUAAUACUCUACAAAACCUGAUUAAAAUACUUUUUAAUAUAAUUAUCGUUUUAAUUAGAAUUUAAGGUAAUCUAUUAAGAUACAAGCUACCCUAAAAUUGUGUACUUAUUUAUUUCACCCUUAUUUUUGGGAGAAAACUGUAAUGGUUGGAUUUUCAAAUAGCUUCCUAUAGUAAAAAUUCCAUAAAUAGAUGGAGUAUUAGUCAAAGUAAAUUUUUCUACCGACAUUUUUGAUUUUCAUCGGUUUGUUGACGAGAUAUCUCACUUUUAAUAUUAGGUUAGAGGAGAGUAAUGGAAGUAAUUUAUUUGGCGGUAAGGUGAGCGGCGAUUUGAUAAUGUAAUCCUGUAUCCAUAAUCGUGCACAGAUAUUAAGUUCGGAUCAUGAUUUAUAAGGUGAAUACCUCUCCCCCUAAUUAACUAUGAAAACCUUUAAAAGCUAAAUAAUAGAAUAAAUAAUUAUUUCUAUACACUGUUUCUAUAUUAAUUUUCAUAAUUAUAUCAAUUACCUCUUUAAAUAUCAGGCACUUCAAAAAAGUAUAUUAAAAGUUCCUUUGUAAUCUUCAAUUCAUAAUCAAUAUCUAUUUAUAUAUAUAUAUACACAUAUAUACUAACUUCGAUAAUAUCAUUCAAGCGAGUACAUUAAAGCAAAUUUACCUAUUACACAAAUUAAAGGUAAGAAGAUUAUUAAAUGGCCACCGUUAUGUUCAUUCAAAAUUGAAUUUUUAUGUAAGAAUUGAUAAAUAUUUUUGAUUUAUAAUAUUCAACAUACUCAUAUUUCAUUAAUUAACAUAAAUAUCGAAAAAUCAUCUACACUGGAGUACAUUGAUUCCUCUUACCUAAUCGCGUUAUUUUUGUUUAAAUUACAUACAAUAUUGUACAUAUUAAAUUGAUCAAAGAUAUAAUAUACCUAUUACAUAUGCAUAAUUUUUCAAUACAAAAAACCGCUAUUCCAGGCAUCCUAAAGAAGUUUUAGUUUUAAAUUUAGGUUAGGUGGGAGUAGUGUAGCGUUAUUUGAUUAGUGGUACGGCACCCGGCAUUUUACGGGUGAUAAACAUAAUAUGGUAAUAUGAUUAUAAUCACAAUAUAACGUCCAACUUUCGGUAAAAUUUCGAAAAAUAAUUGAUAGGCAAACUAUCGAACGGACAUCAAACAAAACUAAAAAAUUCCUUGCAAUAGUCAGAACCUAAUUGUUAAGCCUUAUGUGGUCAUUUUAUUUCAAAUUCUAAGAAAAUCGAGGAAUUUAAAUUGGUAUUACUAUGAUUUGUUUUUGUCUAUGAAUAACAAUUCUACAGGAAAUCUUGUAACAAAAAACAAGUGUAUAAUGUACACAAGAUAGUGUUUNUUUUUUGUUUUGUUUUAAUGUGCUAAUUAUUUUGAACAAAUAAUAUUAUGUUUGUAGGGUUUUAAGCGUUUUAAAAUAAAAUGUUUGCGAAAUAUUACCGAACUUUGCUCAGGUUAAUUUUCCUUACGAUAUGGUUCUCUUUCAAUAUACCUGACCAUUCCUUAGUAUCCGAGAAGACACUUUGUUUUACUUUGUUACGUUUAUUGCAACUUAUUCGAUAAUUUAAACGGCAAUAUUAUUGGUUUGUUAAAUUCAAAUAUCAGUAUUUGACUUUUUUUUUACUUUCCCUUUAUACAUAUCGUUUUUCAAUACAAUAUAUUGUAAAAUCAUUUUCCUACUGGUAAUUUUUGUAUUUUCACUAUCUUUAUAUGUAGCUAUUUAACAUAACUAUUUAUAUUUUUUAACAAUUAGUAAGUUGUUCAUUCAAGCUGGAUAUGGUAUUUUAUACAAUCAAUGUUAAGUUUAACAGUAUAUUGUUUGGGACAAAGAAUUAUAGAUUUAUGGUCGACCGUGAAAGAAUAGAAGAUGUGGUGUUGUCUAACCUUGACAUGGAUACAUCAAACGAUGAAUUAGACAAUGAAUCAGACGAUGAAGAGUAUGUCUAUAGAAUAUGUAACUUAAUAAUAUGCAUACAUUACCUUAUAUUAAAUAUUAAUGAUAUUUUAAAUUCUGUUCAUAGCGAGGGAGAUAUUCAUUUUAUAAUGCCGACUAUUUUAAUUUAUAUUCCAAUCAUGGUAGUUGAUGUAUUGGUUUUACUAAUAUCAAAAUCUUGGGCCAGCUAAUUUUUACUUCAAAAUAUAAAACAAACUUUCUGUAUCCUACCUCGCCAACUUUUCACCUUCAACUAUGGCCAUUCCUAUACCCAAUAUCAGCUUUUUUUUAAAAAAUUUUACAUUUUAUGAGAUGGAUAUAUUGAUUGAUUUGCAAUACAAUAAACAAUAAUGAAAUUAAUUAAAUACCGAUACAAUUUAAUUAUGUAGUACAAUAACAUCAAUAAAAUAAAAUAUGAUAAAUUUAUAACUUACAAAAAUUGUAAAUAAUAUAUUUUAAGGAAUCUUUUACGUAAUCGGAAAAGUGAAAUAUAAUUAAAUAUUUGGUAUUUAUUCGUAAACGGGAAAUGACAUUUAUAUAAUUAUUUAAAAAUGCACAAUUUAGUUAAAAAAAAAUCGUGUUCUAUAACACUUAAAUAAGCGAGUUUUUAUAUUGCCUUACAAUUAUAAUCGAAGACUGAACGUAACUUAUUUUUUUAAAAAAUUAGGACUCUAACCACUGAUAAACUCCAAAUAAUAUUUUUUUUGUUAUCUGAAUAUAAGUGGAUUAAGAACUAAAUGUUUUAUAACAUUAACUUAAUAUAGACAGUAAAUUAAAGUAUAAUGACUAAUAGCAUUAUUGUUAUUUUUAUCAUUAUGUGUACUUAGCUAUACUACAAUACCAAUAUCAUCAUUGGGGGAGAAUGUAAUCUCAAUAACUACCGAAGCAGAAUUUGUAAAACUUGCAUCUGAUACACACUAUUUUCCUUACCACGUAAGUUCAUUCCCUCAUCAGUAUGAGAAUAAUAAUAAUGUGAAUGAGUUACACAUACAUUUUUUGACAGGUGGUAAUAGCGGUGUCAAUUGAUGAACAAGACAAAUGGUGCCAAGGUGUAUUAAUCAAAUCAAACUGGAUAUUAACUUCUAGGACUUGCAUCAAAAAGUAAAUAUUUUAUUUAAAAUAAUAGUACUAUAAUGCAGAUUAUUGUAUUUUAUUCUGUACAAUAAUAUUUACAUGUAGAUGAUAAUUAGAUAUUAUUGCUUUAUAAAAAAUGUGUAUUAUUGUCUUCAUACUUGCGGUCAGUAAAAAUGCCACAAUUUUUUACGUAGUAUACAUGAGAACUUACUUGAAAAGAUGCAGAAAUUCUGUCUGACAAUAUCAUAUACGAAAUGUUGUUUAAUUCAUCUCAUUAAACCUGAAACAAACAAUUUCCCAUAAUCGGGACUGUGAAAAGUUAUCGGUAUUCUUAAAAAAAUAAAUAUAGUAGGUGUUUACUAUAAAUAAUAAUACAAUUUUUAUAUUUUACCUUCUGGCGUUUUCACAAGAAUAUGUAGACUACACAUGCAGUGAAGCAAAAACACAUAAUGAGUAUACCAGCUUUAAGAAUCAUAUUUUUUACAAAUAAUUUACAUUCAGGGUAUUUACGGUAUUGGCUUUCAUAAUAUAUUUCGUACUUAUCUAAAUGCAUUUUAUUUUGUCUUAGGCACUUUGAUAUUGAAUCCAAUAUAUUCGAGAAGGUAUUUUUGGACGCAAUUAAUCAUACGAACUCCGAAGGAAUAAUUUAUUCCUAUGUAGUAUUUAAAAAUCGUAUAAGCGUUGGUCAGAUUGUGUUGGAACCAGUUCCAGACGGACUUGAUGAUUUACUGUUAUUGAAA